AUGUCCCUCCGGCCGCUACUCAAGAAGAACGUGAUUGUCCGGUCGAACCAGACUGGAACCAAGGCCGACAUGCAAGAGGCACUUGAGUUUCUCGCGUCGGGAAAAGUGGUGCCCGAGUUGGAAAUGGUCGACCUGAAAGACAUCAACGAAGCGCUAGACAGGAUCAAGCAGGGCAAGGUGAUGGGCAAGCUGGUUGCGAAUCUAGUCGGAGGCAAGAACGUGUCCAGGCUGUGA